GGAAAGCAGGAGGUCAGAGGUCAGCUUGCUCGUCGGACUCCUGUUUGUCUGCUGCUCUGCUGGUGUCCAGACAGCCGUCAUCACAGGAGGUCAGGAGGUCACCGUCCCGGGUUUGCUUCACCCUCGUCCCAGUGUUCCCAGUGGCAUCCACUCUCCUGGCAGCCUUGCAGAGCGGCUGCAUGGAGCCGGCUCCGAGCCAGCCCGGCGAAUUAGAGAUCCGUCCUGAGUGGCUGCAGAGCCGAGCUGCCGCCUGUCAGUCUCUGACCUCUGACCCGCGGCGAUGAUGAUGAAGAGGAGGAUGAGGCGGGGUCACUGCUCAGCUGCACCUGUUGACGUGUGAAAGGAGGGAAAAGGUCGUCGCAACGGCAGCACACGGACAGGAAAGAGUCCUUGAAAGUCUUGGAAUAUAAAGCAGAGAACCUUUUGGACAUCCUUGAAACUCUGAAGCUGAUUAUUCUAAAAGGAUCCUUGAACUGUGGAAAACUGAGGAUAUAACAUAUUUAUAAUCUUCUGAUCUUUCUGGAUACAGAAGACCUGGAUUUCCUUGGAUUUAAAGAAAUUUUUUGCUGGAAUUUAAAAAAGCAGAACUUAGAAAUUAGUUCACUUUAAAAAACAAACAUUCAAUCUAAGGUUUCAACAGUUUUUUACGAAUUUAUUUGUGCGAAUUAAUAAAAUAUUUUUGAGUUAUAUAUAUUAUUUUUCUUUUUUCAUUGCUCCGCCCGUCCCGUUGAGUUUUCAUCAGAAUCAGACUUUCAUCCUCCUCUCGGCCCGGAGGAAAUGGCUCAGCCUCCUGCGCCACGGGAGCGGACGACAGGAAGUUGACUCCUGCAGGGAGCGAGGCCGAGAGACGAACAAGAAGAGAGAGAGGGGAAAAUGUCGUGGAAGAGGAACUACUUUGCGUCGGGCGGCGGCGGAGGAGGCGGCGCAGGUGGCAGCGGCGGCGGGAUGCAGGGAAUGUUGGCGCCUCGCACCAUGACGUCCAUCGCUCCCAGUAAAGGGCUGAGCAACGAGCCGGGACAGAACAGCUGCUUCCUGAACAGCGCCCUGCAGGUUCUGUGGCACCUCGAUAUCUUCCGACGUAGUUUCCGUCAGCUGACUACUCACAAGUGUAUGGAGGACUCGUGCAUUUUCUGCGCCCUGAAGAGCAUCUUCGCUCAGUUUCAGUACAGCAGUGAGAAAGUUCUACCGUCCGACGCUCUCCGCAGCGCGCUCGCCAAAACCUUCCAGGACGAGCAGAGGUUUCAGCUCGGCAUCAUGGACGACGCUGCAGAGUGCUUUGAAAACAUCCUGAUGAGGAUUCACUUCCACAUCGCAGACGAGACCAAAGAAGAUAUCUGCACAGCCAGACACUGCAUCCCCCACCAGAAGUUUGCCAUGACGCUCUUCGAACAGUGUGUGUGCAGCAGCUGUGGAGCGUCCUCAGACCCUCUGCCGUUCAUUCAGAUGGUUCACUACAUCUCCACCACCUCGCUGUGCAACCAGGCAGUGAAGAUGUUGGAGUCGAGGGAGAAAGCGACUCCUGGCAUGUUUGGGGAGCUGCUGAGAAACGCCAGCAUGGGAGACCUGCGCAGCUGUCCCAGUCAGUGUGGUCAGCAGCUCAGGAUGGCUCGGGUCCUCCUCAACAGCCCGGAGAUCAUCACCAUCGGUCUGGUUUGGGACUCGGAUCACUCUGACCUUGCUGAGGACGUCAUACACACCCUGGGAACCUGCCUGCGCCUGGGCGAUUUGUUUUACAGGGUCACGGAGGAGAAGGCUCGCCAGGCGGAGCUCUACCUGGUCGGCAUGGUGUGUUACUACGGGAAACACUACUCCACCUUCUUCUUCCAGACAAAGAUCAGACGAUGGAUGUACUUUGAUGAUGCACACGUCAAGGAGGUAUACUCAAAGAUAGGAGAGCAUCAACAAACACUGAUCAGCUGA